GUGAGACAAAAUUGGCAAGUUGAUCAACUAAACCCGGGGGUGUUGGGUAGCGGAAGUAUAGUAUACAAUAAUGUUGUUUGAUACUAAAAUGCUGGUAUUUAGUUCGUAGUGAAUACACCCUAUAACAUCACUACCUAUCGUCUAUUUUCAAACCACGACUAGGUUGUGAACAACCAAGCAAAACCAGUAGCUAGCAAUCUAUCUGAGUAGUUAGCGUUAGCAGUAACUAGCCUAGCUAUUUCCAAACAGGCUUGGAUUUGACCAGUAGAUUUAACAAUCGCUAACGUUGAUUUGUUUGGUGGAGUUGAGGUAAAAUGUCGAUUCAGUACGAGGAGCCUGCAUUGGCUCGGAAUUAUGGUGUUGUGGACUCUUUCCCAAAGGAUUUUGGCUACGGAGUAGAGGAACCAGAUAUCGAAGAGGAGAGCACGACGUCAGGUGACAGUAAACCAAGGAUCCUGCUAAUGGGAUUGCGGAGAAGUGGAAAGUCAUCUAUUCAAAAGGUUGUAUUCCACAAGAUGUCGCCCAACGAGACGCUGUUCUUGGAGAGCACCAACAAAAUCUACAAGGAUGACAUCUCCAGCAGCUCUUUCGUCAAUUUUCAAAUCUGGGACUUCCCUGGUCAGGUGGACUUCUUUGACCCUACCUUUGACUAUGAGAUGAUCUUCAGGGGCACGGGGGCUUUGAUAUUCGUCAUUGAUGCUCAGGAUGAUUAUGUUGAAGCCUUGGGGAGGCUACAUCUCACAGUGUCCAGAGCCUACAGGGUCAACCCAGAGAUCAACUUUGAGGUGUUUAUCCAUAAGGUUGAUGGCCUGUCAGACGACCACAAGAUAGAAACCCAAAGAGACGUCCAUCAGAGAGCCAACGAUGACCUGGCAGAUGCCAGCCUGGAGAAGCUUCAUCUCAGCUUUUAUUUGACCAGCAUCUAUGACCACUCUAUAUUUGAGGCUUUCAGUAAAGUUGUCCAGAAGCUCAUUCCUCAGCUACCAACAUUGGAAAACCUUGUGAACAUUUUCAUAUCAAAUUCUGGGAUUGAGAAAGCCUUCCUGUUUGACGUGGUCAGUAAGAUUUACAUCGCCACCGACAGCUCCCCUGUGGACAUGCAGUCAUACGAGCUUUGUUGUGACAUGAUCGAUGUUGUCAUUGACGUCUCUUGUAUCUAUGGCCUGAGGGAAGAUGGAAAUGGCAGUGCAUAUGAUAAAGAGUCUUUGGCCAUCAUUAAGCUCAACAAUACCACCAUACUCUACCUGAAAGAGGUCACCAAGUUCCUAGCCCUCGUUUGCAUCCUUAGAGAGGAGAGCUUUGAAAAGAAAGGUUUAAUAGACUAUAACUUCCAUUGUUUCCGCAAAGCCAUCCAGGAGGUGUUUGAAGUGGGGUCCUUGACACAGAGGACAGGCAGACUACAGCCAAGUUCGUCCAACAACAGCUUGUCCAGUGUAAAACUUGGUGUAUUAAACGGAAGUGCUGUUUAGAGGAAUGUAAGAAAAGCAAAGAGGUUUGGAAUGCCUUAGCCACUGAGAAUGGACAAGUAGUAAUUGUCUAUUUUACUUGGAAGGCUAUGGACCAUCAAAGGUGACACAGGGGAAAAAGCAGGAAAAACCUUGAAAAAUAACACUUGGGAUGGGGGGGGGGGAUGCUGUUCUGUGCAAGGAUUGGAAAGGGUAAAAAAAACGCUGCAAUGGACUAAACACUGAACAGAGUUGAAGCCAGCAAGCACAUCUAUUUUAAGCACCUCAAUGUUUUUGGGUUUGACCAUAAUGAUUAUUUUUGCUACAAACAGUUUUACGAGUAUCAAGAUGACAAUGUCGUCAUUGUGGUCUUCCUCAGCACAAGUCAUUUAAACAGGGCACUAUCUGUGUUUUCCCGCUCUUAUUUCAGGCAAGGUUCAACAGGAAGCAAUGUUGGAAAACAAAUUAAUUAGGAAGCCUGCAUUGAAACAGUAAAUAUCACUACUAUUCAAAAGUUUGGGGUCACUUAGAAAUGGACAUUUCCUUGUUUUUGGCCAUUUAAAAUAACAUAAAAUGGAUCAGAAAUACAGUGUAGACAUUGUUAAUGUUGUAAAAGACUAUUGUAUCUGGAAACGGCUGAUUUAAAAAAAAAAAUUAAAAAAAAGGAAUAUCUACAUAGGCGUACAGAGGCCCAUUAUCAGUAACCAUCACUCCUGUGUUCCAAUGGCACGUUGUGUUAGCUAAGGAACUCUGCCUAGAAGGCCAGCAUCCCGGAGUCGCCUCUUCACUGUUGACAUUGAGACUGGUGUUUUGCGGGUACUAUUUAAUGAAGCUGCCAGUUGAGGACUUGUGAGGCGUCUGUUUCUCAAACUAGACACUUUAAUGUACUUGUCCUCUUGCUCAGUUGUGAACCGGGGCUUCCUGCUCCUCUUUCUAUUCUGGUUAGAGCCAGUUCUGUUCUGUGAAGGGAGUAAUACACAGCGUUGUACGAGAUCUUCAGUUUCUUGGUAAUUUCUCACAUGGAAUAGCCUUCAUUUCUCAGAACAAGAAUAGACUGACGAGUUUCAGAAGAAAGUUCUUGGUUUCUGGCCAUUCUGAGCCUGUAAUCGAACCCAAAAUGCUGAUUCUCCAGAUACUCAACUAGUCUAAAGAAGGACCGUUUUAUUGCAUCUUUAACCAGAACAACAGCUGUGCUAACAUAAUUGCUAAAGGGUUUUCUAAUGAUCAAUUAGCCUUUUAACAUGAUAUACUUGGAUUAGCUAACACAACAUGCCCUUGGAACACAAGAGUGAUGGUUGCUGAUAAUGGGCCUCUGUACGCCUAUGUAGAUAUUCCAUUUGAAAAAUCAGCCGUUUCCAGAUACAAUAGUCUUUUACAACAUUAACAAUGUCUACACUGUAUUUCUGAUCAAUUUUAUGUUAUUUUAAUGGACCAAAAAAAAUGCUUUUCUUUCAAAAACGAGGACAUUUCUUAGUGACCCCAAACUUUUGAUUGGUAGUGUACAUGUUAGUGUUAUCGCACUGGACAUUGGUUACUACGGUGCAAAGGGGUCUAUUUGUAAGCAUACAACUAUAGAUCUGGGACUAUUGCUGUAUGUAUUUCAACUUAGUUGAUUUGAUUGUUUUGGAGCCUAGCAAAAAACUAGGCCUUGUUCCUCAAAGAUAACAUUCCCCCAUCUGGGAAGAAAACCACCUCGAAAAGUACUUGUGGUUGUAAACUAUGAUACUGUACCUACUACUCUCAUGCAGUUGUCAGUUUCAACUUGUAGCCAAAUUCACUAUAAAAUGAGUUUACUGUUGGGCCAGUCAGUGCCCUGUGCUGCAUAAAAACAUAUAUAUUGAACUAUACUAAUGACAAAAUGUGUGAAUGUUUGCUGAAAGGUCUCUGUGUUACAAAUACCUGGGUCCAACAUUUUUUUUUACAUAAUGUAUUAAUUAAUUUAAUCUUUCAAUUACACAAUUAUGACUGGUGUGUGUAUAAAGGUAUUUCUCUCUCUGAUAUGGAAAGCUAUCUGAAAGGUCAGUACAGUACUUACAGUAUGUUUUUAGUAGUGAGUACCAACAACCCUUGUGGUAUGUAGAGGUAAUCAUUCAGACUGCGUCCCUACAUAGUGCAAUACUUUUGUAGUCUGACUACCCAUCCUCAUCACUCUGGCCACAUCCACUAGCAUUUCUGUUUGGAGUGAUCGAUAGAGCAGCGGAAUUCGAUUCAGGUUGUCAGGCAACUACUUUUGACCAGAGCCCUAUGGGUUUCCCUAUGGGCCUUUUCUAAAGUACUGCACUAUAAAGGGAAUGCUUGAGGUCUCCCUAGACCCCAACUGUGCAAGUUAUAAUAACUUAAUAAAUUACCAGCGUUUCAAAUGAAGUAGUACAGGAUGUUAGUCUUAUUGGUUCUAGGGUGCUGUAGUGACUGAUUCUUAGCAUGCCUCCAAAGCGGCACACUAUUCCCUAUAUAGUAUACUAUUUUUUUUACCAGGGCCCGGUCAAAAGUAGUGCACUAUAAAGGGGAUAGGGUGCCAUUCGGGAUAUAACCUUUAUGAUGAAAGUGUUUGUUACUCAUUUGACAACCAAUUGGUAUGAUUCUAUGAUUCCAUUGUGAGAUAAUGUUUGCAUUGGUCUUCUGCUUUUGGGUGCAAAGGGAGGUGAAUCAUAUUGAAUAUGUUGUCAGAUGCCAUAAGGUUAUAAAUGUUUUUUUUUUAUUGAGUGUAAUUAAGCAUUUAAAGCACUUGAAUUAGAAGGGAAAUUUGAGUGUCUCCUACUAUUUUAUCUGAAAUUGUGUGAAGCAUUAAAGAUAUUUUUUCAUUUGAA